CUUUAUUUUGGUUACGUUACUGAGACUCCUGAAUAGGCUAUUUGUGCCCUUAGGACAGUAAGAAUAUUUAUAGAAAAGAUUAAAAGCCAUUCUCACGAGCGUCUGACCAGGACGUCCACAGACGUAAUAUUUAGGCAAGCAAACUUUUCGUGCUGAAAUAAGAGGGAAAUAUUCUCAUGCGGCUUUAAAAUUGGACAAGGAAGAGAGCCGAGGAUGGAGUUACCAGGAAUUAUCACAGAGUUCCUCCAGCUGUCAAAGCAGAAUAUUUUGCUGUUUUGCCUUGAAGUCUUGAUCGUCGUGCACUUGCUGGGCAGUUUGGUGCGCACCUGGAGCGCGCGGACUUUACCGGGCCCGUUUCCAUGGCCACUCAUCGGUAACGCAGCGCAAAUGGGCAACUACCCGCACAUCUAUUUCACGCGCAUCUCGCGGUGCUACGGAGACGUGUUUCAGAUCAAGCUUGGCAACCGGCCCGUAGUGGUUCUUAACGGCGAUGCGAUCCGACAGGCGCUCGUCCAGAAGGGUGUGGAUUUCGCAGGUAGACCUGAUUUCGCCUCGUUCCGGUACAUCUCGAGCGGUCGCAGCAUGGCUUUCGGUAACUACAGCGAAUGGUGGAAGGUGCACCGACGGGUGGCACAUUCCAUAGUGCGCAAGUUCACUACAGGUAACCCGGACACCAAGAGCACCAUCGAGAACCACGUCGUGAGUGAAGUCAAGGAGCUGAUCUCGCAUUUUUUGCGCGAAACGCGCACACAUGGCUACUUUCAGCCCCACAAGUAUCUCGUGGUGUCCAUGGCGAACAUCAUGAGUGCCCUGUGCUUCGGUAAACGCUAUUCAUACGACGACACCGAGUUUCAGCAAGUGGUGGGACGUAACGAUAAGUUCACGCAGACGGUGGGCGCCGGCAGCAUCGUGGACGUCAUGCCUUGGCUCCAGUAUUUCCCCAACCCCAUCAAAUCACUGUUCGAUCAGUUCAAGGAACUGAACGCAGAGUUCUAUGAAUUCGUCCUGGGUAAGGUUAUGGAGCACCGGAAGACCAUGGAGUCGAGCAUCGUCCGGGACAUGACGGACGCACUCAUCACGUCGAUGGACCGCGGCUUACUGGAUGAGAAGUACGUGCCCCCGACCAUCACGGACAUCUUCGGUGCGAGCCAAGACACCACGUCCACAGCGAUGCAGUGGAUCGUUCUGUUGCUCGUGAGGUAUCCAGAUAUCCAGAAACGAAUUCAGGAGGAAGUGGACAAAGUAGUGGACAGAAGUCAUCUACCUUCCUUUGAGGACCUACCACGUCUCCCAUAUGUGAUGGCUUUCAUCUAUGAGAUGAUGCGGUUCAGCAGUUUUAUCCCUGUAACAAUCCCCCACAGCACUACCACAAACACCUCCAUUAAUGGAUACCACAUUCCCAAAGACACUGUGGUUUUUAUUAACCAGUGGUCCCUGAACCAUGACCCCAAAAAAUGGGAUCAGCCUCAGAUCUUCAACCCUCUCCGCUUUCUAGAUGAGGAUGGGGAACUAAAUAAAGAUGUGACUGGCAAUGUUAUGAUCUUUUCCAUGGGAAAGAGGCGGUGUAUUGGAGAAGAACUCUCCAAAAUGCAGCUCUUCCUCUUUACAACACUCCUGGCACAUCAGUGUCACUUUACAGUGAAGGAACGACCGACUUUGGACUUCAUGUAUGGGCUAACCCUGAAGCCCAACCCAUUUAAAGUAGCAGUAUCUCUGCGUGACUGAACUGGCUUGAGAAAGUGGGCUGACCUCAUCUUUCUGUGCAGGGUGCAAAUGAAGACUGUGAAUAAACUAUAAACAGUGGCUCAACUAAAAAUUACAUAUAAUAACCAUUAUGCAAGAAAAAUGGUUAAAAACUGUAUAGAGUAAAUGAACAUUUUAUCCUGUGGCAUAGGUUUAAUUUUAGUUUUUGGGAGAACCAAUCAAUCAAUUUUGAUUGAUCGGUUCCCAAUCAAUCUGGAACCGAGAACCGAUAAAUUUUUACCGAUCAAUACAGCUUCACAAUAUUCUCACCUACAAGCAGCGAACAUGCCCCAUCCCCAUGUAAACCUAGACGUAUGGUUUUAACAAGGUUAAAUAUUUUAUUUAAUGAAAAAUGAAGAUGGCUUAAAUUACAAUGAACAAUGAAGCAGACCUGUUUUUCCAGGUAAAACCUACUGUAUGUGUAUAAGAACAUGCUAAUAUAUUUAUAAAAUUAUCUACACUCAGGCAAACCAUUUUUAUGUAACUUUUAAGCUCAAUGACUAUAACUUUCGGGUAGUGUAAACAUAAAUGUGCUUACACAUUGCAUCGAUGCACAAUCUCAGCCGUCCUCACUUCAGUAACCUCAUAUCUAAACAGCUGAAGAGACUGGAGCAUACACAUUUAUUUAUGAUUGUAUUGCUAUAUAUUCCAUUUAUUUUUAUUUUUUUAUUUUUUUUACAUUGUUUUCAGGGUUUAAUAGAUAGCAGCUAUAACAUUUCAUAGCAAAUAUUUUGCUUUAAUAUUAAUAUUUUGCUAUACACAGUUGAAUAUUACUGUUUGCAGGGCAUUACUAAUGUGUGUGAGCUUCAUAAUCUACCCACUAACAAAAUUACAUAAACAUUUCCUAUAUAAAAAUAACUGCUGUAGCAAAUAAUAGCAUAAUAAUAUCUUUAUAUAAUUUCUGUAUUGUUAAAUGUACUAGAAAUAACCCAGUAGUACACACAUUGUAGAGAAACCGAAUAAGCAUAUAAAAACAUGUAUGUAAAUGAAGCAUUGCAUUCUCUAAAUUAGUUAACUGUAAAAAGAAAAGUGUCAUUGAUGUUAUGUAUGUUGCACCACUAAACAAGGAGAGUACAAUGCACAAUGGUGCUUCACAAUUACCACUUACCAAUCUUCUAUUUGUUUUACAAAGUGUACAGAUGAUUAAACUGCUUACAGAACAUACAAUAAACAACUCAUACUCUAAUGGGUGACAAAAUUAA